UGUUUCUGAUGAGAUCAGUUAGACACUUGUUGAUAUAGCAGUCAUACAAUACAGUGCCAGAUCCUUAGUAACGACGAAACAUUUGGACCCAAGAGAAGCAACAACCUGAUGCAAACUUUGGUUUUUCAUCCCCAAUACAACUCUAAGCGAAUUCUAAUCUUUUAAUUUGAUUGUUUUACAUUGCAUACUGGCACUAUAGUACCACAUAGCUCAGACCUCCCAACGUUCGGACGAUCGUUUCUAUAUGCACCUACUAUGUGCUCUAAUAACGUUCCUGGUAUCUCGAAUUCCCUGUCCUGACCUUAUCCGAAGCGAUCCCAUUCCCGUCCUUAGCUCCCCAUCUCACCACCUCGCACCUUCUUCAGUCUCUCAUUCACUGCGGUCUCCUCUUCAUCUGCUUCCUCUCCUCUUCGUUAAUAACUCCGACCGAAUAUUUUGGUGAACACAUCAAACAUUUUCACUCCUUACAGCGACCGAACCUACUGACACUCAUCCACUGUCUUUGGAUGUUUAUAUAUUUACAGAUAUUAGUUGCUGCUCACGGUACAUCUUGGAUUAGAGACGGGCAAAUACUAAAAACAAAGACCAUCAUUAGAAAAUACUGGAGGGUAUUUGAAAACUAAAGAUGUUAUCAAGGAAACAAGAGACUUUAUUUGUAUCUCUUCAGUUCUGUCUCUGUGAAACAUUUCUCAUGGAUUCCAAUAUAUUUCCUUCAUUGGCAGCACAUAAUUAUAGAGAUCCCAUAAUAUUUUUCUGGUGAUGUAUCAACAACAUUUAUUGAGGCUUUCCUCUUGCGAAAUGUCUUUCAUAACUUUAAAUGACUGAUGUCUAAGUUCAAGAUUCCAUCUUACCCAGUUCCCUUAUGACUGAGAAAAGUCUUCAUUGAAAAUAUUUAGAAAAAUAUUUCUCUGAUGAAAAUUACAGAAGAAAAGUACUUUUGCAAAGAAGAUUUGAAAUUAUGGAGAAGAAAUUGAAUGAGAGUUGCAUUCAUAAUGAAAGGGAGCCUGAUAAGGGUCAUACAGGGAAGAUAUACCUGUGUGACAUCUGUGGGAAGUCUUUUAAGAUAGGAAGAUAUUUAAUCCAACAUAAAUUAAUCCACACAAAUUCAAAACUCUAUAAUUGUGAUACAUGUGGUAAAAGGUUCUCUACAAAUCAAUGUUUGUCUAACCACAAACGCAUUCAUACAGGAGAAAAACCAUAUCAUUGUGAUAUUUGUGGCAAAACAUUCUCUCAAAAUAGCAACUUGUUAAACCACAAACGUAUUCAUACAGGGGAAAAGCCAUAUCACUGUGAUAUUUGUGGUAAAUCAUUUUCUAUAAAUAGUAAUUUACUGAAACAUGUACGUAUGCAUACAGGUGAGAAACCAUAUCAUUGUGAUAUCUGUGGCAAAGCAUUCUCUGUAAAAUGUAGCUUAUUGAAACACAAACAUACUCAUACAGGAGAAAAGCCAUUCCACUGUGAUAUUUGUGGUAAAGCAUUUUCUGAAAACGGCAAUUUACUGAAUCACAAACGUAUUCACACAGGAGAAAAACCAUAUCACUGUGAUAUUUGUGGUAAAUCAUUCUCUGAGAAUAGUCACUUAUUGACUCAUAGACGUAUUCAUACAGGUGAGAAACCAUAUCACUGUGAUAUCUGUGGUAAAUCAUUUUCUGAUGGUAGCCAUUUAUCUAAACACAAACGUAUUCACACAGGCGAGAAACCACAUCACUGUGAUAUCUGUGGUAAAUCAUUCUCUCAGAAUAUUAAUUUACUAACCCAUCGACGUAUUCACACGGGAGAGAAACCAUAUCAUUGUGAUAUCUGUGGCAAAGCAUUCUCUCUAAAUUGCCAUUUAUCUAAUCACAAACGUAUUCAUACAGGUUAGGAGACAUUCCACUGUGAUAUACAUGCCAGAUAAUACUUUCAACAAGGUAAUUUAUUAACCAUUAAGCAUUUAUAAUUAACAGAACCAUACAUUUGUAAUAUUUGUGCUAAAACAUUGUCUUAUUAACCUAUUAUCUAAGUAUUAUCAGAUAUAUUCU